AUGUUUCGGACGCUGUUACCCAGCGUUCGUGUGGCACGGUUACUUUCCACGGAGGCCGUAGCUUCGUCGAGUAUUACUGAGGAGAAACCGCUGAAGAAAAUUGCCAGAGCAUUAGAAACGUACAUCAAACAUAGCAAAGAUCAUGUUGCAAUGAUGGCUAGGGAGCGAGCUGAUUUCGAAUUAGGGCGUCGACAUUUGGCGAAUAUGAUGAAUAUGGAUCCACACACUAUGACGCAAGAGGAUAUAGACAAAGCUAUUAGUUAUCUGUUUCCUUCUGGUCUAUUCGAUCCAAAAGCCAAGCCCGUUAUGCGUCCUCCUGAUGAGAUUAUGCCCAAGUUCCACAGUUUUUCAUUCGAUGAAGAAGGUCGUCCAACAGAUACUCGAUUCUUCACCCUUCGUCCCACAUUCUACAAAUUGUUAUCGGACAUUGGUAUUAAAACAAGAACCGUUACUUCUUUUUACAACGACCAUUUGUCAUCUGGCAGCAAAGAGUCCGAGUUGGAAUCGAUGUAA